AUGAGUGGAGGACUAGCACCCAGCAAGUCUACAGUGUAUGUUGGAAACCUACCUUAUUCACUUACUAACAAUGAUUUGCAUAAGGUACAUGUCAGCAUUUUGUUUCCAUUCUCUUCCUUUGGGGGGGUGGGGGAGGGGUGGGGGUGGCAUUGGGGGUGAGGAGAGGACAGGCUUAUGCCCCUACAAUGUAUAUCUGUAUGUAAGUUUAAUAGUAUACAAAAUGUAUAAAUGAUGGCAAUGCUUUAUUUAGCUGUUUUUGUCUAAUGAUGAGCAAUGUUGUUGGCUGUUUUGAUCUGGAUGCUUUAUAUGUCAUCUUUUAUAUGUGAACUUCAAUCCUUUAAGUGUAGUUUUUUUCCUUUGUCAAACAGUAAAACAAUGUAACAAAUAUGGAAGCCGAAAGUACAAUAAAGUGAUUCAAGACCUACAGCUUCAUUCAAUUGCAUCACUUAAAAAAAAAAAAAAACAGAUGGAUGCUUGAGACAUCUGUGAGCUUCCACCUUUAGAAGUGACUCCCAGGUGUGGGAGACUUCUUCCAUGGUGGAUAUAUCUCAGAUCCCUGUUAGAUGUCAGGGCUUAAGCAGCAUGGCCUGGUUCCUCAAAAGAUGGUUAAGUUUAACCCAGGAUUAAGCCAAAUUUCAAGCAUGGUUUUCUCGUCUAAGAAAAUGCAACUCAAUGUUACAGAAAUAAAUACUGUUGAGCCUUUAAUACGAGAUACAGUAGUGAUAACACAAAGUGUUACCCUAAGCAAUGUAAAAUACGAAAACGGAACAAAAUUUCAAUCCUGGAUUAACGCUAUAGUCAGCAUUUGAGGAACUGAGCCUAUAUGUUUGUCUGCCAUAUGUUAGAUGUCUUUAUGGUCAACAACAAACUCCACAUGAGAUGAACCUGAUGCACGUAAUGAGAAAAACUAUCGUUCUUGCUCAUUAGCAGUAAGUUCAUCCCAUGUCAAGUUUGAUCUUUGACCCUUAUUAUAUGAACAUGUUAAAACAGGAAUCACAUACAGUUGUAAUAAAAAUCAAAUUCCCAUUCAUCACUGCAACUUGAGAAAUGAAAUAUCUAGAUUUCUAAUCAACCUUUAAAAAAGUUAUUAUUAUUGUUAAAUUAUUAUCAUUAUAAAUUUGGCUGUUUUGUUUUGAUUAACAGAUAUUUGAGAAGUAUGGAAAGGUUGUGAAGUAAGUAGACAACAUGUUGUGUUUUACUCCUUAGGGCUCAAAAUAAUCUUUUGGAUGGUGGCCGGACACGAUGUCUGGCCAAAGAAAUUUAUGCUCGGUCUUGUCUCGUAACUGACCGAUCAAAAUAUUGGGAAAAAAUUUAACUAAUCCUUGUGUAAUUUUCUAGUUGACUUGUAUAUUUUUUACAAAGGGACAAAAUCUAAGAUUUACCAGUGAGGAUUUGGCUGUUUGUUCAAGAAUGAGUUGCUACUUGUUUUGGUACUCUUUAGGGGCCUGAGCCAUGCCUAAAUUGGUCUCCUCAUGGGUUUGAUUCUAAUUUUACAACAUGCAUCCCUGUCUCUGUCCCUACCAGAAUGAACCCCACCAAGCUCAAAACCCUUUUGACAUAGUAAUUCUAGCUGUAAAGGUAAGCCAGGUAGAAAUCAGAGUGUUUUGGUUGCAAAAGGAUAGACAUGUCAUAAAAUUGUUUGUUUUUCCUCUUUUUCUCCUUAGUAAAAUUGCCAAGUACAUUGCUAAAGUUUCUGUGUCUAAACCCUAAGAGCGAGCAAUGUUUAAUUUCUCCUUAUAUUUGCACUGCUGAAUUAAACAUAAAGGUCUUGAAAAAAACAUUAAACAAGUGAUCUUGAUUGUUAAACAAAUUUUACCUAUCGUUAUCAUAUAGGAAAAGUACGGAAAAUUCACGACUUUAGACUCUCUCAUCCGCAAAAAGCCUCUUUGUAUCGUAGGAAGGGCAGGGGAGAAAGAAAAGGAAAGCGCGCCGGGCACGAUUUGCCCUUUUCCCAUCAUAAUCCACGCGCUUUCUAUUUUUCCAUUAUUGCUAUUUUUAUUGGGAUACCCAGUGGGAGCCAGCCUCUGCGGAGGAGAGAGCGACUUUAGAAUCAAGAAGGAAACUGGAGCCGAAAUCUUUCCCGCAGUUGUUUCUGGACUUUACGAUCGGGCGACGCGACGGCAGCGAAAUCGUCGCUUCAAAAAUGAAUUUGCGUUCUUUCGGUCUUUAUCAAGAUUACUCUAACUCACUUUAAGCGAACCCUCCGGGAGUUGAAUUUGUAAGAACCAUAUUCAAGUUUAGAAAGAGAAUCAAAUUUCGUCGUCGCAUGUUUACUUCCUCCCUAAAAAGUAAAUUAGGCAAUUUCACGUCGUAGUCGUGCAAAAACGGCAAAGAAAUGUACAAAAAAGUGUGAUGCACUUGCAAAGUUGUUGUUUUGCCAAUCUAACGCAACUGCUUUUUUGCCGCCCUCGUUGACGUCGCCGUCGUUGUUGCUUAAGCUUGGCCAUUUUUUUAACCUGUCCUGAGUAAAUCUUCCCGAAGUCUUCGUGAAAAGUUCGCUUGGUCCGGUUUCCUUCUUUUUUCUAAAGUGACCAGUAGUGUGGAGAAAACGCAAGCUAAUAUUAACGUUAAAUUAAGGGGUUACAGGGAAACCAGACAGGGACCUUAAGAUCCGAGGACGGCGACAGCAGAGAAAACGUCGCUGAAAAAGUGAAUCAGUAGCGUUCUUUCAAUCUUCAUCGCGAUUACUCCAAGUCACUAACUUUGUCUAAUGGAGGUGAACCCUUCUAACGUUGAAUUCCUAAGAACCAUAUCCAAUUUCAGAAAGAGGGAGGAAAUUUCGUAGUCGCUUGUGUUCUUCCUCUGUCCAACGUGAAAUUAGGCAUUUUCACGUCGUAGUCGUGCAGUGACCCCAAAGAAAUGUACAAAAAAGCGUAAUGCACGUGCAAAGAACUGUUGUGGCUUUGGUUAUUAAACCUAUUGCUUUUGUGACGUUCUCGUUGCCGUCGCCGUCGUCGGAUUUUAAGGUCUCUAUUGCCUUUGGUAGAAUCCAAUUCAAGAGCUUUAUGUAAAUUGCUCUUCUGUAAAUCAGAUACAUGUACAUCAUUAUUCUCCGUUCCUUCCUGUUGUUGUUUACAUACCUUUUUGCAUUUGUUUGUUUGUUUUUUCUUCAAGGGUUACCAUUCUGAGAGACAAGGAUACAAGAGAAAGUAAAGGUGUGGCAUUUGUGCUGUUUUUGGAUCGACAGAUGGCCCACAAGGCAGUAACAGCAAUAAACAGAAGG